GAUUCAAAUCGUUUACCUUCGCGUUGCUGCUGCGGAAAAUGAUUUUUCGUUUUACGGUUUUCAAAUGGCUGCUACAUAAAGUUUAAAUAAUGACAAAAUUGAUUGAAAAAGAAAACAGUACACAAAUAAUUGAAGUAAAUAUAUAAGAAAUGAGCUGUUAGAAAUGUAUAAUGAAAUGACGAGGUGGAGGCAAAAAAAAAACAUGGAAUGCGUGAUUAAGGGUAUCAUAUUAAUGGCACAUAAAGUUACAACAGUUUAUUCAUUUUAUGGUUCUUUUUUUUUUUUUAAAAAAUCUUUGGUAAUUUUUUCUUUUUUUUUUAUUUUUUUUGUUUAUACGGUUUUCAUCUGGAAAGUUGGGAGAAUUUUCAAUUGGAAGAUAUCUAUUAAACUUUCAAAGCUUUGUAGACAUCACAAACUUGACAUGUUUGUAAACCACAAGAAAAUAAUGUUCAUAGCAUUUUCAACUGGUCUAUAGGAAACACGGCCAUGAUUAAAUAAAUAAAUAAAAAGUAAAGUAAAAAUAAAAAAGACACAAACUAAUAAUAACAAAGAUCAUAAUGGAGUAAUCCUUAAAUACAACAUUGAAA